ACCUAACCAGGGUUCCUACUUCGUACUGUACAAAUCCAGAAGUAACGCAACGCCUCCCGUAUCAGUAUCGGUCCGUCUCUUCCCCUGCGAUCACUGCAAAUCCGAUCACUCUGCAUUCUCCACUCCGUUGGUAGAUAGCUAUGGAUACUACAGACCGUAGAUACUUGGAGGAGGAAGAUUCAUCCAUGACGAAAACGAUGAAGGGUGCCGCAACUGGUUUGGCUGCUGGAACUAUAUGGGGUACCAUAGUUGCUACCUGGUUGGAUGUACCUCGUGUUGAGAGAAAUGUUGCUCUACCGGGUCUGAUUAGGACAUUAAAGAUGAUGGGAAACCAUGGAUUGACUUUUGCUGCAAUUGGUGGAGUCUACAUUGGUGUAGAGCAAUUGACACAGAAUUACAGAACGAAGAGAGACUUUGUUAAUGGAGCAGUUGGUGGGUUCGUUGCUGGUGCUGCCAUUCUCGGCUUUAAAGGCAAGAGCAUUUCAACAGCACUCUCUGCUGGCGCUGCACUUGCAGCUACUUCAGCGGCAAUUGAUGUUGGCGGGCAGACCACCAGAGUUGAUACCGGAAAGGAAUAUUACCCUUAUACUACCAAGAAAAGAGUUGAUGCCAAUUGAACGCCUUACGAUUGUGAAACCUGAUCAACCCCCCUUUCCAAUAUUUGGUGUAUGUUUUUGUUUCGGAGAUGCAAACAUACUCUCCUUUCGUAGUGUGUUUUUAAUCGCAGUUUGCUGAAAUAAAUUUACAGCAGUUUUCUUGACUCAAAUAAGAAUUUUAACCUUUCAUUCUGUAUGGACCACUGUGAACUUCCAAAGCAUGAUCAAAAUGACAUUUAAAAUUUUAUG